AUGUCGAAUUGGUUUUAUGUGUUUUUUCUGUCUGUUUACACAUUUAUUUAUACGUUUUCUGUGAGCGUAAGCCCAGGUCAUCGUUUCGCUGAAAGUGAAUCAGUGUUGGAUCCAAGCGGAGAGUUUUUAUUAAAGUGGCGUGUUGAUUAUGCCGUUCGAAAGAUUAGAUUUACUUUGACUGUUUCUGAAAAAGCGCCGGCCUUCAAUUGGUUUGCGUUAGGCUUCUCCGAUCGGGGCCAACUGAAUAAUUCGGAUGUUUGUCUGUUUUGGACAGAUUAUAAAGCUCGUGAUCAUUUCGAGGAUAUGCACACAAACGGACAGGGGAAUUUGAUACGUGAUCAAAAUCAAAACUGUGAAGGGUUUUAUUUGAAUACAAAUAGCCAAAGCAUAAUCUUUGAACGUUUAUUUGAUACUUGCGAUGAUGAUGAUUAUGUAAUUGAGGACGGCACGGUCCAUGUGGUGUGGGCUCACGGAAUAGACAAACUGUUCUCAUCAAAGGGCUUGUGCCUUACUUGCACCGUACCUCAGAGGCACGGCUUUGUUAGAGUAAGGCUACUAACACCUCCCGGCUUGCAAAAAGCGAAUGGUUACCAAUUACGAAUAACAAACAAAGAUCUAAAAGUACCGGGAGACGACACGACGUACUGGUGCAAAGUCGUUAGGCUACCCGAAUUCGUCACGUCAAAAGUUCAUCAUAUAGUUCAGUUCGAAUCGACAAUAACUCCCGGUAACGAAGGCCUAGUUCAUCACAUGGAAGUCUUCUAUUGCGACGAAGAUCCCCACAAGGAAAUGCCGGCAUACGAGGGAAAUUGUUUUGCCGCAGAGAGACCGGCUAUUACGAAAAGUUGUUCUAAGGUAAAAGCGGCAUGGGCAAUGGGCGCUCCCCCUUUUACCUACCCAAAAGAAGCGGGCCUCCCACUCGGUGGCCCGAAAGCCAACAAAUACGUCAUGCUAGAAGUCCACUACAACAAUCCAGAAUUAAGGAAAGAUUGGGUCGACAGUUCGGGUAUUGUUCUCUAUAUAACUGGAAGGAAGCGUACGUACGAUGCCGCCAUUAUGGAAUUGGGCUUAGAAUACACCGACAAAAUGGCUAUACCUGGUGAACAAAAAGCAUUUCCGUUAACUGGUUACUGUAUCCCUCAGUGUACUGGAGUGGGCCUACCGGAUGAAGGCAUUACAGUUUUUGGAAGUCAACUUCACACGCAUUUAACUGGUGCCGCGGUGUGGACCAGACACUCGAGACAGGGUGUAGAGCUUCCCGUAUUAAACAAAGACAUGCAUUAUUCUACGCAUUUUCAGGAAAUUAGAAUACUGCAUCGGCCCGUUAAAGUGUUACCAGGCGACUUCUUGGAAACCACCUGCAUUUACAAUACGGAAGAUAAGUUAAACGCGACGAUCGGCGGCCACGCUAUAACGGACGAAAUGUGCGUUAAUUACAUACAUUACUAUCCGGCGACCGAACUCGAGGUUUGCAAGAGCGCCGUGUCGAACGAAGCACUCGAGAAAUAUUUCGAUUUCGAAAAACGAUGGGACGAUAUACCGAUUUCGUCGAAAGCGUCCCCACGUGCUAAUUAUUUAGCGAUCCAACCGUGGACUAGAUUAAGGGCCGACACACUACACGCGCUGUACGUCGAGUCGCCAAUAUCAAUGCAAUGCAACAAAUCCGAUGGGAGUCGUUUUCAAGGUGAUUGGGAAGGAAUUCCGAUACCGAAAAUAAAACUGCCGCUUUCCGAAGAAAUUCGAAUCUGUCCUAAAAUUAACUAUUUAGUCGAGACCUAA